UACCUAAGUAAGUGUGUCAAUACAUUGUAAUGUGAAAAUGUGCUAUGUUAACCUAAAGAAAAACAAAUAAAUUAAUUAAUUAAUUAAAUAAUUAAUUAAUUUAAUUUAGAAAUCGUUCGAAAAGUAAAAUUAAUGAAACAAAUUGUCUUUUCUAAUGAAAUUGCAUUGGUAUAUCAAUGUCGUAAUGAAUGAUAAAAAAAAUGCUUUUGACAUAUGUCGUCCUGUUUUUAUUACCUUCCAUUCAUGGAUUCCCAAGAAAUGUCCCAAUUGGGGUUCUACUUGAUGGCAAUGAAAUGAUCGAGAAAGCAUUUGAAUUUUCGAUACAAAAUGUUAAUACAAAUGCUCAAAUAUCUAGGGACGUUAAAAGCUUAACAUUAAAAUUGGAAAGGAUCGAUGUUGAUACAUUCGAAGCAGCACAGAAAACGUGUGAACUUUUAGAAAGUGGUGUUGCCGGUUUAUUCGGGCCGCAAGACAAAUCUGCAUCGUAUUUCGUUCAAAGUAUGUGCGAUGCUAUGGAUUUGCCAUAUAUUACCACCAGAUGGGAUCCUGAACAAAUUCGAGGAAAUGCAAUUAAUUUAUAUCCUCAUCCGGAAAUACUCUCGACGGUUUAUUAUAAUAUAAUCAAGGAUUUCAAAUGGAAGGAAUAUGUAAUUUUGUAUGACGAUACGGAGAGCUUAUUACGUUUUCAACGUGUAUUGGAGCUUCAAGAGAUAAAUGGUUACGAGAUAACGAUUUAUCAUUUGGGCCAUGGUCCAGAUUAUAGGGACAUCUUACAAACAGUAAAAAUGUCCGGUGUGGUCAAUAUUGUGAUAGAUUGUUCUUACGAAAUUCUACCUACGAUUCUUCGACACGCACAACAAGUAGGUUUAAUGUUGCAAAAGUAUAAUAUCCUCGUAACAAAUCUGGACUUUCAAACGUUGGAUCUGGAACCAUAUAAAUAUUCCGGUGUAAACGUGACGGGCGUUAGAAUGAUAAAUCCAAACGAUCCUUAUUUCUUGGAGAUCUUCGAGAGCUUUUAUCUCGAUUGGAACUUAACAGAACCUUCGAAAUUAACGAUUGAAGCUGCAUUGACGUUCGAUGCUGUGCAACUUUUUGCAAGAGGCAUGGCACUUUUGGAUGAUAGCGUAAAAGGCCAUUUAAAACAAUUGACUUGUAACGAAUCUGAUAGCUGGGAGUUUGGCAAUAGUUUGAGCAAUUUUAUUCGAGCCGAAAGUAUACAUGGUUUAAGUGGACCAGUCAGAUUCGAUACAGCUGGAUAUCGAAGUGAUUUUCGAUUAGAGAUCGUCAGUCUUAAUAUAAAUGGAUUGAAUAAAGUUGGCGAUUGGCAUAGCACGAAUGGUAUUUCAUGGAUAGCAAAAUCUGGUUUUCCAUCCAAUGAGAUAAAAUCAUUGCACGAUAAACAUUUCAUCGUAUUGAUAUCUUUGACCAAUCCAUAUGGAAUGUUUAAGGAAUCACCUGACUUGAGAACAGGUAACGAUCGUUAUGAAGGUUUUGCAAUCGACAUAAUCGAUGAAAUGAGCAAAAUAUUAGGAUUUAAUUAUACCUUCGAGGUACAAGAGGAUAAUGUUUAUGGUUCAUUGCAAAAAGCAACAGGAGAAUGGAAUGGGAUGAUAAAAAAAAUUAGAGACGGUAGGGCAGAUUUAGCGAUUACCGAUUUAACGAUUACUUCCGAAAGAGAAAGUGCAGUUGAUUUUACGACACCCUUUAUGAAUUUAGGUAUAAGUGUAUUGUAUAGAGAACCAACGCAAGCACCACCAAGUUGGAGUUCGUUUCUUUUACCAUUCUCUUAUGAAGUCUGGGGUUAUCUUAUUGGUUCUUGGGUAAUCGUGAGUUUGGUAUUGUUUAUUAAUGGGAGAAUAAGUGCAGUCGAAUGGACCAAUCGAUAUCCCUGUAUAACCGAACCAGAAGAAUUAGAAACUCCUUAUACUAUGAUAGACACUCCUUUUUUCAUAAUUGCCAGUUUGGUGAAUGGUGCAUCAGAUUUUGCUCCGGGGAGUAUUUCAACAAGAACGUUAGGUACAGCAUGGUGGUGCUUUUGUCUGAUCAUGAAUUCCACUUACACCGCCAAUCUAGCGGCUGCUUUAUCCACCAAGCCUACGGUAUGGCCCUUUAAGCAAGCAGACGAGUUGCCCUAUCAGAACACGAUCAAAUACGGGGCGAAGAGGGACGGUUCUACCAUCUCGUUUUUCAAGACGGCAACGUACGAGCCUUACAAACUCAUGUAUGAUUACAUGAUGGAACAUGCGAACGAAGUAUUGACGAAUAAUAACGAAGAUGGUUUGAAAAAAGUGCAACAAGAGGAUUAUGCUUUCUUCAUGGAAUCCUCAUCGAUAGAAUACUUCACACAGAGGAAUUGCAACGUCACACAAGUUGGAGCCCUUUUAGAUGCCAAGGGUUAUGGUAUAGCCAUGAGAAAAGAUAUAUAUUAUCGGAACCAGCUAAGCGGUGCGAUACUGAAGCUGAAGGAGUCUGGUAUGAUAACCGAACUCCAAGAUAAAUGGUGGAGGCAAAAAAGGGGAGGGGAUAAGUGUAGCGAAAAACCGACUGUGGCGGUCGAAUCAUUGAAUUUCGAGGACGUUGGUGGUGUAUUUAUGGUACUCACAAUUGGUCUCAGUUUAUCCUGGUUAGGUACAAUAUGGUCAUUAUUAUGGCAUAUACGAAAUAUUUCCGUUACCGAAAAUGUUUCUUUCAAGGACGAGCUAAUAGACGAAUUGAAGUUUUUAAUAAAGUGUGGCGGUACGAAAAUAUUAAAAAAAAGAAAGAAAUCAUCGAUCUCAACGGAGAUAGAUACGAAAACGUUAAGUCCUUAAAUUUGAUCGAGAAAUAAGAGGGAGGGAGGGAGAGGGCGAGGGAGAGGGGGGGAGGGACUAAUAAACACCUAUUAUUAGAAAGGAACCAUCUAGAUUUCAGACCACCCAUGUGAAUGAAGGUUAUUUAUGAUAUAAUAGAUAAUUUUUGUGGUAGACGAAAGAAAAUCACUUUUGGUUAUAACGAAUGAUUCUGAUGAGACGAUGGGUAUUAUUAUUUUAAUAUCGCAUUAUUCACCUGCCUAAUUUCGAGAUUAGAAAGGUUUUAGAAAAAAAUUGCGAACUUAUAGAAUAGUCAAAAGCAUACGCGACUAAUGGUACUCUUGAUCCAUAUAUGUAUAUCGCGAAAGAAUAUCACGAAAUUAGUACUAAUAAUGGUGAACGGCGCUUUAAUAAGCAUUAGGUGUAACAACCUUCUGUCAUAAAAGGGCCGCCGCCAAAGGGUAUCUCGGUGUAACGAAAUUGCUUGCUCGUAAAUAUAUGUUCGAUGGACAGGCGAAACACACGAUGUGCGUGCGCGAGCGCGCACGUUGACCUUAAUGAAGCUACUUUCUGGCAUAGGGAAAAGAGAGAGAGAGAGAGAGAGAGAGAGAAAGAGAGAGAGAAAGGGAAAAAAAAGAAAGACUAAAAGAUCGGCGCGGUCUUUCAAAAGACCGAGAAUGAUCGUUUAAAGAUCAUCUACGUAAAUUCUUCUUUUUAUUUUUUCUUUUUUUUUUUUUACGAAUUAUGAAUAAAACUUAUUCCUUUUCGAUAUCGACGCAAAUUCAAGAGAAAUAAAUUUUUUACUUAUACCGAUUCCUUUUUUUUUUUUUUUUUUUUCUUUUUUUUCUUUUAUAUGUACGUAAGAACGAGUGCUUCUCAUUUUGAAAAUAACGUGUUACAUUUUUAUUAGAAAAAUCGAAUGAGCGAGUGAAAUCAAUUUAUUAUAAUUCGUAUGAAAUAUUAAUAUCUAGAACAAUAAUGUAUUCUUCAAUAUUGCAGAACUAUUGUAACUAUAAAAAAAAUUCAUAAUUAUUAGAAUAACGUUAACUGAAAGAUUGCUUUUCUUUCAUUCGAUAAAAUGUUACUUUCUUCGUUCCUUUAUUUUUUGCUUCUUUUGCUUCUCUUUUUCUUUUUUCUUUUUCUUUUUUUUUUUUAAGUACCCGUAGAAUCAACAUAUGCGACAUGAAAAUGGAGAUCGAUGAUUUUAGUAUCAAUAAAAUCUGAUAAUAAUAAAAA